AUGCAUCACGACGUCGGCACGCACGGUGUCGACGCCCACCCACAACCCAGUCCCGUAGAGCCACAUGCACAGGCGCAGGUGCAGGCGCAGGCGCAGGCGCAGGAGCCGUCGACACGAGCCACCAGCCCCAUCGCUGCGGUCGGUAAUGGAGCCUCUGACAUUGGCACAUCUGAUGGCCCUGCACCCACACUGCCAGGCGAUAACGAUAGCCCCGAAAAGGGGCACACGAUGCUUUCGCCGGCCUCGCCAUCAACGCCCUCCAGCCUCGACUCCAUUUCCAACCCCCGUCACUCGCUCGAACAUGCCAAUCCGCUCCACCAGGACCAAGACAUUCUGUCCAGCCCCAGGCAUGAGCUAGAACUCAUCCCCGAGGACCGAUCCCUCGACGGCCUUGCUUCUCCCUCAACCGCCAGUCUGGCCAACUCCUCCACCUCGCCGCUACACAUCAACACCACCCUCCCUGUCUCCCACUCCAACCGAACAUCUGGUGCAUCCACCCCGGAGACGGGCAUCAUAAGGCCUGCAGUGCGACGCCCUAACCCCCACCACCCACUGCCACCGCGCCCGUCCUCGCCGUCCUCCUCCCCCGUCGAGCCACCACUGUCGCCCGUCAUCCGCAGCGCCUCCACGCACUCCGUCCUGCGCCACCCUGCACCCGACAACGUGGUGAACGCUCGCUCCGGCUCCUACACCGGCAACAUUGCUGCCCUCGAGGCGACAGCCGAGCGCUUUUCCAUGACGAGCAGCAUAGAGGACGCCAUCAGGAACGCCCACGAAGAGCUGAAGCGCAGCGACAGCCGUCGCUCGUCCAUCCUCGCCGCGAGCGUCAGGAGCGGCGGCGACUUCGGCGUCGACAGCCCCCCCGGCAUCGCCCCAGCACCCCUGUUCGCCCGCCAGAGCUCCAUUUCGCUCACCGGCCGCCUCAGGAGCGCAAGCAAGAGCAGCGGCGCCUUGUCGAGGGCAAACAGCACCAGGAGCAAGCCUGAAACCAUCGACGGCGAGGCCUUCCCCAACCUUUCGGCCUCGUCCAUGACGAGGUCUGGCCCUGGCAAGGGCUCUGUGCGGAGUGUACAUAGUAUCCAGAGCGUUCACAGCGUCCAGAGCAAUCGUUCCGGCCCCCUCUCCCUCGCCGAGAUCGCCGAGAUGGAGCCCCCAUCCGCCUUGACCCUGGACGCAAUGGAUGAAGCUGAUCGGACCGUCGCCAACCUACAAGACCUCGGAGACGAUGAUGAUGCCAUACUCGCGAGGGCCCACCAACACGUCGAACCAAACGCGACAGACAUAGAAGUCGCCGAGGAGAUGGCGAGUCGGGCUUCAAUGGACCUGGACAGGACACCCAUGCUGGAUCACUCUGCGGAUUCAUAUUGGGAUAACCACGAGGAUGCAAAUUUCCAGCUACGGAACCCCCAGGAUCCUCCUUCAGCCCGGGCCCGGGACGAGUACGAACCCCCGGCUGAGCAACGAUCUGGCGGCAGCGGCUCGCCAGACACUGAAGACGAGGACAACGCCUUCGCCGAUUUCGACGGUAUGCAUUGUGAUCCUGACACCGUGGCCGAACAAUUCCCUGUACAGCCAGAAGAGGCCCAGUACCCGCGGCCACGUCAACAGAGGCAGUCACAGAUGCCAAGGGCGCGGCCGCAGUCGUACCUCGACCCUGAGACAGGCCAACAGAUGCUUUAUUAUCCUGCGCGUGUCCCGGCCAUGUUGAAUCUUCCCCCGAAACUUGGAAAGGGGGUCAAAUCCACGCAGCGCAACAUGCGGCGCAGUCAGGUGCUCAGCCAGAUGCCACAGGCAGCUCGGGAGAGCAGGGCCUGGCUGCCUGACCCCCUGGAAGGCGAAGGCCCAAUAGAUUUGAUGGGGGAUGACCGACCAGCGAGCUCCAUCGACUCCAGCUCCCAUGGCCUUGGCCCCCAGGACGCGCUCGUCGCUCCUGGAGAGCCCGGACCUUCUUCCCAAGGACACUCGGUAGAUGCCUCCGAAAUACAAAAUCUACGGCGUCCUGGCAAGCUACGAGACCCUGACCAACGCAGAUCUCGCAUGGACCUCUCAGAUCUCCCGCCACAGCUGCGCGCUAGCGUUUUCUUCGACCUGCCGGGUGAGAGCCCAAAGAUAGAAGUCAAGGACGGUUCCGCCAUGAAGACUCUUGACAGCAUCCUCGAUGCGGCAGCCUCGGCGCCGGUCAACGCUUUCACAGACCAUGCAUUUGCUGGUCGUCUGGGCCCCGAAGUCUACGGGCUCGGCAACAAGAACAACCGCAAGAGCAGGAUGAUGCUGACAGCUGAAGACGCAGGUGGUGAUGGUGAAAGGAGCGGUCUCAUGACAUCAAAGAGCACGGUCUCUCUAGCCGUACCAGAGGCCGAGAAGCGGAAGUCUGUGUGGUCUCUGCUAGCAGGGCGUAACAAGUCCAAGAGCAGGGCCAAUCUCCUCGCAGAGAGAGACGAGGACGCCCGCUCGAAGUUGUCUGGCUCGGGCCGUGGUGACAGGGACUCGUCCCCUGAGGCUGACGAGCGCUCAGCUCUGGCCCCCGACGAGGAGGCGGAAGGGUCUGAAUCCGAGGAGGAACAAGUCUACACUGGCCCUCCCACGACUCUCCUGGCAGAGCUGCAACUGCGCAAACAGCAACACAAAAACCGCACCCGCAACCCAAUAGUCAAUGCCAGCGGCCUUCACAGCACACUUUUGGAGCUUGACGCUGUGGCGCAGGUCGAGGCACGGGCUCGCAAGAGCAAAAAGGUCAAUCUUGCGUGGGCUGCCGAUCCGGACGAGCCAGAGGAGUCAGACGACGAGGAUGUACCGCUCGGCCUACUAGCAGCCAAGAAACAGAUAGGGCCCAACGCCACUGAGCGUGACAUGGCCGUUGCUGCUCAGGAGAUCAGCAGGCCCUUGGGUCUCUGA